CGUGAGGGGGACUGGGGGUCUGAGUUGGAAGGUUCUGUUCUGUCUUGCCAUUCAGAAGAUACCACCUGGUCCUGAACAUGAAUUUGGUAAAGCAACUCGGAGGAAAUGAGGCUCCAAGGAGGAUGGGCCACUUCUUCCGCUAACCAGGAGGGUGGGAUUGGAGGUUGGAGGGAAGUAGAAUAGAAUUCACGAAGCACAUACAUUGCGGGGCUUUGAAAUGACGUUGAAUUUUGCUCUCCACUGAGACCUUCAGUCUAGAGCUGUUGUCCCCUUGUAGAUGUGCAUGGGGGAAGCAACAAGAUGAGGGGGCAGCAAGAUGAUCUAAAAGAGGAAGGAGAUUUUGGGCCUAGGGAUAGUGCCUUUCCCAGGGCCAGGUCCCUCCUAACCAGAGAGAGCCCUUGCCAGUUCCCAGGAAGCCAGCAACCAGCCCACAGAGUGGGAGCUGGGGUUUCUCCUGAGCUCUGAAUUCUGCUUUCCUGUUGCAAGGGUGACUUAGGGUGAUUUGCUGAACAAAUUCCCUAAGCCUCAACUUGCAGCAUCCGAGGGCUGGUGAAUUUGAAGGGUGAUUGCAAAAAGUUGCAGAAUGAGCGAGAACGUAAUUGCAGUUACUUAGCCUCCCUGUUUCUCUGAGAUGCAGGAUCAGUGAACUGGCAGGGGAAGCUGACUCGUGUGGGGAGAGGUAGCAGUCAGAUAUUUUUUUCUUUUUAGAGAAUAUAUGACUGUCAAAAAAAAAAAAAAAAACGUUGCGUGAAGCACUGGUGGAGCUAAUCUACUCGUUAGAGAGCACUGUUUUCUACACUGUUUCGACCAUGACCUACAUUAGGAAAUAAAAUUUACAUCAUGACCUAGUAUACUCAAUCAUGUAUGUAAAAAUCUAAUUUAAGUUCAUGAGUACUACCUCUUUUGCUUGGUGCAGUCUCCUCUGGUACUUUUAUUUUCUAUUCCAUUAUUUUUCAUUUAAAAAUGCUUAUUGUUUCCCACUAAGUCGAUGUAACCAGUGUGUAAUGGAUCGUAACUCACAGUUGGAAAAACAGCUAUAGAGCAUUUUCAUAUCUAGGAAGUACUUAGGAAGCUGCACCUGGGCAGAGCUACCCUUAGUCGUGCUGGAGGUGGAAGGAAGCAUGAGGAAGGGAUUGAGGGAUAGGAGAGAUAGGAUCCACCUGUGAUUAAGGAGCAAGGCGAGAUGACGAAAGGCCAAGGUGAAAAAUAAGUAGCCGUAGGGCUCAGGAGAAGGAGCGAUGCUUGUUUGGCUUGGAAAAACUUUCUGGAAUAGGGAAGGAAGUCUGGGAAGAACCCUUUGGGGUGUCUCAUGGUGCCACACAGGUGGGGUGUGUAUCACGGGCCACAGCUUGGAGUUAGGGGUGUACGUAGUGUGCGGAAGAGUGAAGAACAGAGGUCCUUGGGAGAGGAGGGAGCCGUCAGGCUGGAAAGGUCGGUUAGGAUCAAAGGGCAGUGGAAGGGUUGUAAACGGGAGGCCCGAAGAAUGUGUUCAAACCUUCAGAUGAGUUGUCAUUGGGACCACGCAAAGGUCUUCAAAAAUUAGGAGCAAUCCAGAAAACCUCUGGAGUUGGGACUCUGGUAAAGAGUCAGAGCAGGCAGGUCUGUGCAGCUGAGUGGCGGCUGCCCGCUGUGGGCGGGAGAUGGCCCGGGGCCCUCAGGCGUCCCAGUUCCCGUUCUCUCUGUUGCCUCAGUCCAGUCGAAGUCAAUUCCCUGCUCAGCCCUGCAGGCCUUUGGGUUUGUGACCUGAGUUUUCAAGAGACUCGAAGGCCAAAUAGGGACUUUGGGAUCGCGUCCCUGGCUCUGGGUGGCCACCGCAGGGAUUCGGGUAGGAGUGUGACAUGGAAUCUUAGAGCCUUGUGUGCAAAUGAUUUGUUUUGGGCAGGUGGGCAGGUGAGGAGCACUUUCUGAGUUGCUGCCGGCUGGCACUGUGAAAUAUUUUUCUGAUGACUGGAAUGGUACUAAUUAGAGACGGCUUUGGGCUGUAUUCUCUAUGGUGAAGCCAAUUUCUAGCGACCCCAAGAUCUCUCAGGCCUUGUCAUUUUCCACUUCAGGCUGACCUGGUUAGCUGGUGGCUCCUGGCACGUAUCCUCUGAGAACGAUGUCGGGGUAAUAACUUGGUGAGAUGUGAGUCAUGGCUGCCAAGUGCCGCAAGACAUUAGAUUCUCAGGAGCUUUGGUUCUGUGAGUCAGUAAUAAAGGAACGGCAAGGAGAGGGGCUGUGUCACUUCUUAUUUCCUUCUUCCUAGGAUGGGCCCGGGGGUAGGCUUCCAGGAUCCAGAGAUUGAGAAGCCAGGAUUCAUAGUGACCACGGGAUAAUUGGUUCAAGGUGUGAAUGCAAAUGACUCCUGGAGAACGAGGCUGAUUUGGGACCAGCUGAAAGGAAUAAGUUCAGAUCUCUGUGGUCUGGAGACAGUUUGGUUUACCCUGGGGGUCCAUAACUACCUGUGAUUCAGAGCCCUUCCCUGGGGGAGCCACAGGUGACAGGGACUGAAUAAGAGCCACCCUGCUUUAUACAGUGUGUAUGUAUAUCACAGUGGAAAAAACACUACCAUAUAUGAAAGGCAGCAGCAUGGCCAGCGUUCUGUCCCGGCGCCUUGGCAAGAGGUCCCUCCUGGGCGCCCGGGUGUUGGGGCCACCCGGGGCUGCCCCACCCUUGGAGCCUCAGGCAGAGCUGCUUGAGGCGGCGGCUCUCCAGCCCUUCCUUGCCUCUAAGGACACGUCCUGCCAGGAGCAGCCCAAGGAACUCCUCAAGGCUCCAGGCACCUCAGGCCUCCAGCAGGUGGCCUUUCAGCCCGGGCAGAAGGUUUGUGUGUGGUAUGGAGGUCAAGAGUGUACAGGACUGGUGGAGCGGCAUAGCUGGGCAGAGGAUAAGGUGACUGUCUGGCUGUUGGACCAGAAGUUACAAAUCUGCUGCAAAGUGGAGGAGGUGUGGCCGGCCGAGCUGCAGAGCCCCAUCCCCCAGGCGCCACCUCCUGAGCAGGGAACCCAGGCACCAGCCUACAGGCCUGUCUCCAGGAACAUCGAUGUCCCAAAGAGGAAGUCGGAUGCAGUGGAGAUGGAUGAGAUGAUGGCAGCUAUGGUGCUGACGUCCCUGUCCUGCAGCCCUGUGGUGCAGAGUCCUCCUGGGGUCGAGACCAACUUCUCUGCUUCCCGCGCGGCCUGUGACCCAUGGAAGGAGAGCGGCGACGUGUCGGACAGCGGCAGUAGCACCACCAGCGGGCACUGGAGUGGGAGCAGCGGCGUAUCCACCCCCUCGCCCCCCCACCCCCAGGCCAGCCCCAAGUAUUUGGGGGACGCCUUUGGCUCUCCCCAAACUGAUAACGGAUUUGAGACCGACCCGGACGCUUUCCUGUUGGAUGAACCAGCUCCCCGCAAAAGAAAGAACUCGGUGAAGGUGAUGUACAAGUGCCUGUGGCCCAACUGUGGCAAAGUCCUGCGCUCCAUCGUGGGCAUCAAGCGCCACGUCAAAGCCCUCCACCUGGGGGACACCGUGGACUCCGACCAGUUCAAGCGGGAGGAGGAUUUCUACUACACAGAGGUGCAGAUGAAGGAGGAAGCUACUGCCGCUGGCGGCUCCACCGUCGACCCGGCUCCCACCCCCAGCGUGACCAGCCCGCCCCUUGCCGUUCUCCCUCCGCCUCCUCCCAAAGCCCAGUCCUCAGGCCCAGAUCACCCUGGCCUGGAGUCCUACCUGCCCUCUGGUGCUCUCAGCAAGUCAGCUCCCGGCUCCUUCUGGCACAUUCAGGCCGACCACGCAUACCAGGCCCUGCCGUCCUUCCAGAUCCCCGUCUCACCGCACAUCUACACCAGUAUUAGCUGGGCCGCUGCCCCCUCUACGGCCUCCUCCCUCUCUCCGGUCCGGAGCCGGUCGCUCAGCUUCAGCGAGCCCCAGCAGCCUCCACCCGCCAUGAAAUCUCACCUGAUUGUCACUUCUUCACCCCGGGCCCAGAGCAGCACCAGGAAAGCCCGCGGGGAGGCUAAGAAGUGCCGCAAGGUGUACGGCAUCGAGCACCGGGACCAGUGGUGCACAGCCUGCCGCUGGAAGAAGGCCUGCCAGCGCUUCCUGGACUGAGCUGUCCAGCAGCCCUGCCCGGCGGCCAGAGGACAAAGGCAGACGCCUCCUAAGCCCUCAGCAGAAACCUAAAAGCUAAAGCGUGGACAUUGGGAGUUUGGGCUCUAUUGGCUAAGGUUUAAUACUUAAAACGUCUUUCCGUCCCUCACGGGAACGUUUUAUUUAAAACAAAACAAAA